AUGAAUCAAACUAAUGGAGAGAGAAAUUUAGAAGAAUUAUUGAAAGAAAUUCUACGGCUUAAUCAUGAUAAGCCUAAGAUUUGUGAUUUGGUAAAUAAAGGAAUUUUGAAAGCUCAAGUAAUAAAAACUAUGGAAGCUUUCGAAAAUGAUUCAAAAGUUUUUCCGCAAGGAAAAAAAAUUAAGCAUUGGAACAAGGAAAAUAUACAGGAUUGGGCAAAUACUAUAAACGGAACAGAAGUUACAAGGGAUCCCGAGUUUCUGGAAGAAAUGAUAGCAGUCCUUAAGAGGACAAAUAUCCUUCAUUGUGGGAAUGAUCCGAGAAUAACCCAGGUUUUAGCUAUAUUACUUUUUGAGUCGCCAAAGGGACAGGGUAGAUCGUUACAAGUAUCCACAGGAGAAGGAAAGUCUACCAUAUGUGCUAUGCUCGCAAGUAUUAAAGCAUUACAAGGAGAGAAUGUGGAUAUAAUAACGAGCUCCUCUGUUUUAGCAAAGAGAGAUGCUGAUGAGCGAAAAAGUUUUUAUGAAACAUUAGGGAUCAGUUGUGGGUCUAAUGAAGAUAGUUUAAGUAGGUUUCAGUUUGAUUGGCUGGCGCACGAACAUAAGAGAAGGAAUAACAGAUGGAACAGAGGAUUUGGGGUAGUAAUUGUAGAUGAAGUAGAUAAUAUGAUGAUUGAUGAUAGUGGCAGGACUGCAAGGUUAACGGGAGAACUAGCAGGGUUUGAAUAUUUAAAUCCGGUAUUUUGUGGAGUAGCAAACGAGUUAACUAGAAUACACAAGCAAAUUACAAAGAUAGGAGGGAAGACAGUAUAUAUAGAUGGUGAGUUCAAUGAAGAAGGAGGAGAACUUUACUUAGGAAAAGAAGCAAAAAUACAUGAAAUAAAGAAUCUUUACAAUUUUAUCUCUAAACAUUUAAUAGAAUUUACAACCAUGAUUAUAAAAGAAAGAAUAAUAGAACUACCAGACUUUUUAAAAGAUUUUUCUUUAAAGUUUGUAGAAGAAUUAGUGAAAUCUGCAAUUCAAAGCUGGAGUAUAUUUCAUGAGAAUAUAGAGUAUCUAUCAGUAAAAGAUAAAAAUAAAAACUCGAUAAUUGCACCAGUUGACUAUGAAAGUACUGGAAUAGUGCAAGAGAGUGAGACGUAUUCUGAUGGGUUACAUCAAUUUCUGCAAGUAAAGCAUGGAUUCAAGCUUACACCUGAGACAGUAGCUACAAGUUUUGUCUCAAAUCUAAGAUAUUUUAAAAAAUACGGAGCUAAAAUUUAUGGAAUGACUGGAACAGUAGGAUCUAAGGAGGAACAAGAUCUGCUAUCUUCAAUUUAUAAAAUAGAUUUUGGAUUUAUUCCGACAUAUAAAGCAAAACAAUUUAAAGAGCUAGAAGGAAUAGUAGCUAACGAUAAGACUAAAUGGUGUGUGGAAAUUGUGAGUAAUAUAAUACAGGAAAGUGAAAAAGGAAGAGCGGUAUUAGUUAUUUGUAAGACAAUAGAAGAUGUAACAGUAAUUUAUGAAAUUUUAACAAAAGUUGAUCAAAGAUGGAAAACAAGACUAUAUUCUAGAAAUGAUAAUGAUAAUGAUGAAUGUUCAGCAGUAAAAGAGAAAGUUGACUCAGGAGAUAUAAUAAUUGCAACAAACUUAGCGGGAAGAGGAACAGAUAUUAAAACAAGUACUAGCGUUGAAAAAAAUGGAGGAUUACAUGUAAUAGUUACUUUUUUACCGUCAAACUCAAGA